GUGUCACGGCCUGUGGCCCGCCCAAACCGGCGCUUGCGCCCCCGCACUCCCUGAUUCCGUCCUCAUCCGGCCUCCCUUCCAUCCAUCCAUCCAUCCCGCCCCCGCCCCAAGAACCCCUCAACGGGCCAUUCUGCGUCAUGUCCACCGGCCUGGUCCAGCGUCGAAGAGGAGAGGAGGAGGAGGAGAUUCUGGAGAUAACCAGGAUUUUGACAUCCCCUCCGCCUCCGUCCGGAAGCAGAGCUUCGAAACCCCCCCUGCAGCAGGCGCUGACAGGUCCACAACUGCUGCAAGCUAUGACGAGGACAAUGGCAAAGGCGCCAAGCUCGACAAGAACAAGCUGACGCUUAUGGAGGAGGUUCUGCUUCUGGGACUGAAGGACUCUCAAGGAUAUCUGUCGUUCUGGAAUGACAACAUAUCAUAUGUCUUGCGAGGCGCCAUCCUGAUGGAGCUCUCCUUCCGAGGUCGCAUUGGCACUAUAAAGGAUAUUCGCAAGCGCCCCUUUGUCGAACGCCUCGUCGAGGUCGUGGAUGAUCGAAGCACUGGCGAGGUCUUGUUGGACGAGGCUGUGAGGAUUAUGAAGCAAGACAAGCAAAGCGUUGGCAACUGGAUCGACUUGAUGAGUGGCGAAACGUGGAAUCUCAUGAAGAUCGGAUUUCAGCUCAAGCAGGUUCGCGAACGUAUUGCCAAGGGUUUGGUCGACAAAGGUGUCUUGCGAACCGAGAAACGAAACUUUGUUCUCUUCGAUAUGGCCACACAUCCCGUUGCCGACCACAGCGCCAAGGAAAUCCUGAUCAAGAGAAUCGUCGAUGCUUUGCUUGGCCGUGGCCCCAUCCCGGACAGAAGGACAAUCGCCUUGGUUUGCGCCGCCUAUGCUGCCAAUGUUCUCGAGAACGCCCUGGUUGGAUUGAGCCAUUCGCAGCGAGAGGUUGCGUACGAAAAGGUCGACGAGAUCAUCCUGGAGCACGCCUCGCUGACGGACAAAGCCAAGAGCAUGGGGACAACAGAGAUCAUGGCUGGAGUGCUAUCAGUGUACCAAAAGAUGGACUCGAUCUUGUAG